CCCAAGGCCAAGGCUUCCGGCUCAAUUGCCACGGGCCGCUCGUUCCUGCUCUCCUCCACGCUCCCCUCAGGAAGAGGGCAGCAAAAGGAGAGAGAAAAUCAGCAUUUGGCAAGCGUGAGGAGGUCAUCACUCACGGAUCACGCACAGGCAGUCGCGAGCCGGGGAGGCGGCUCUUCACCUAAAACAGAAACAUGCGAGCACGCAGAAUGAUCCGUCGUUCGUGCAUCGGCGGUGGUGCAAGCUUGAAGCUUGGGCUGCGGUGGCUGACUCUUCUCCUAGCUCUCCCAGCGGCAGCAUCAGGGCCAGGGGCAUCAGAGGAAGCUAAAGCGAACAGUAUUGGGACAUCAACGGCGGCGACGCCGGUGGUGAGGUCGCCGGCGGGGGCGGAGGCUAGGUACGCAGAUGGCGGCCCUGGCGGUGUUUGGACGCCGUCGCCCACCGCCGCUGAUUCUUCCGGCGGCGGCGGCGGCGGCGACGACGGUGUUGGAAAGGGACCCUGCAAGAUCGCCAUCGAACGCAUGCUCUCUCCGCUUGGGGCGUACUGGCGGGCGCCGCGGUGCAUACUUCGCCCCUGCGCGAGUGGAGCCAACGGGCCCAUGGAAGUCAUGGACAAGUGCCUCGCGGUGGCGAACGACGCUUCCAGCGCCCUCAACUUGGACGCCUUCUACCUCAUGCAGCCGCUCAUGGGCUACCCGGGGCAGAUCGGAGACUAUGACCAGUGCUCCAAGGUAGCCCUUUUCGACCCAUCCGUCCAGGCGGUAAUGCAAACCCAUCACUGUCUCGCCGGAAGCUUGUCGUUGGCUUCCAACGAGGGGAACGUGCCCUUCGGGGGUCUCUGCGUGCCGGAGGCGUGCUCGCCGGACAUCCUCUCCAUGCCCGCCUUCAGGUCGUGGCUGGUUCAAAAAGCCUUGGAGCUGGACUCGUCGGGAACCUCCACGGAGACCGCGCAGCACUUCCUCUACAACCUGCAGAGGCAUUCGCAGCUCGCCGCUGACAUGCACCAGGGGCUGACGUGCGGAACGUACCAGAGGCCGACGUUCGGGUGGGACGCGAUUGCGGUGACGAGCGGGCUGUGCCUUCUGCUCUUGUUGAUCGUCUACGCCACGUGCGCGGAUCUAUUCAACGGAGCAGACUACCCGCAGUCGGGCCAGAAGGUUACCCCCAACAGCAGCAGGGCCGGGCCACACCGCAUUAAGUACGCCGGGCGUAACCCCCUCGGGGGCGGCGGCGGCAGCGGCGAUGUCUACGUCUUGCAGCAGGACCACAUCAACAAGCACCUCGCCGCGUUCUCCGUUCCCAGGAACCUCGGCUGGCUUUUUGCUGUGGGGGAAGCUAACGAGCUGAGCGUGUUUGACGGCCUGCGGGUGCUCAGCAUGCUGUGGGUAGUGCUCGGUCAUAUCCUGGCUGUUCAGGCUUCUAUCGGGUACAUCAACCCUGAGACCGUAAUGCCUCCGGGGGGGCUCCUCGCUAGCGUCGCCGGCCAAGUGUUUUUUUCUGCGAGGUUCUCCGUGGACACGUUUUUCUUCGUCUCUGGAUUUCUGGUGGUGUACGCGAUGCUUCGCCGCUUCAAGCUUGACGGCAAUGGUGCGAAAGUGCAGCGAGUAUCGUCGUGGCUUCCGUUCUUCUACCUGCACCGCCUCCUGAGGAUCACCCCGUCCUACGUCUUCAGCCUGCUCUUGUGGUGGAAGCUGGCCGUGUUUAUGGGAGAAGGACCUUUCUGGUACCGCUGGGAGUUCUUCAUCGGCCUUUGCGACAAGUUCUGGUGGUCCAACGUGACGUACCUCAACAACCUGGUCCCUUGGCACCAGGGUGAGACUGGCACGUGCUUCUACCCUACGUGGUACUUGGCCGACGACAUGCAGUUUUACAUGGUGAGUCCCGUGUUCAUCGUCCUCUAUAUGCGACGAAAGUGGUGGGGCGUGGCGGCGACGUUCCUCGCCAUCUUCGCCUCUACGGCGGUCAUGGCCAUCGGGACGUACGUGAGGGGUUGGUCCGCCUUGACAUUCGACGGCUCGUGGGUAGUGAAGUACUCCGAGGAGACUUACACGGCGCCCUAUUUCCGGAUAGUGUCGUACCUGAUCGGGAUGCUCUUCGCCAUGCUUUGGCACGAGAAGCAGAUGCGAUGGCCGCAGUUCAAGCUGGCGGACUGGCAGCGCUACAUCAUGCUCUCAACGUCCGCGGUUAUCUUCUUCGUCGUGACCUUUGUCGGCUACUCGGGCUACCAGAACGCUCCUUGCUCCAUCUUCCAAGACCCGGCGUCGUCCCCCUGCGGCUCCGGGUGGACCGCGUCACAGCUGGCGCUGUACAACGCGGGCACCAGACCGGCGUGGGGAUUCGCCCUCAUCCUCCUGUGCUUCGUCUGCUUCAAUGGCCAGGGGGGGCUCUUGCAGCAGUGGCUCGCGCACAGGGCGUGGGCGCCCCUCGCGCGACUGAGCUUCGGCGCCUACCUGCUGCACCCGCUCGUUAUCAACCUUUGGUUUCUCAACUCGACAACAAAGUUUCACUUCUCGAAGGUAGACCUUUUCAUGAGCUACGUGUGCGUGUCGGGGGUAACUUUCGGCAGCGCCCUGAUUAUGGCGCUGAUCGUGGAAAGCCCUUUGACCAAGCUGGGACGGCGAUUGGAGAACAUCAUCAAGCCGAGAGAGAGGGUGCACAAGGUGAGCACGGAGUACUUCGCCGCGGAGCAGUCGCCGGGCAACAUCGAGCGGCACGUGCUGCAGCGGGAGGACUCCAACGACGACUACCUGGAAGUCGAUGGCCGUGAAGAGGGCGACUUUUUUGUCGACGACGUUGGUCGCACACCCAGCCCGAUGCAAGGGCCCAUGAGAGCAGCAGGAGGGGGUAGAGGAGGAAGUGGUGGGUCCGGCAGAAACGGGGUUUCGUCGAGAUUAGCAGGGAUGCAGGGAGGGGCUGCCGGUGGGACAAGGGGCGAGAUGGCGGCUCUCGUUGCCAACACGAACCCGGGGUAUCAUGACUACAUGUCUGAGGUUACUCCAAGGCGAAGAGGGAGUGAGGCAUUCGGAUAGAUGAGCGAUAAAUUUACUUUAGCAUCAGUAGGGCCGAAAACUGAUUCGCGUUGUGUUGCUUUGUUUUUUUCUGCGUGCCUGGAGGACAUUGUAUGUUGUCUGUCCCGUGCAAUCUUGGUACGGUCCCUUCAGUACGAUGGUGUUCUCACCGCUCAUAGUCCUAGCGGCUUGCGUUGUUUCCCGAAUGCCUUUCGUAGAUUCUGUGUUAUUCAGAGCGUUCUUCCUGUUGUCCAAAGCAAAACUAUGUCCUGCGGUAGAUAUUUUUUGGCGUCACACCGGGCCGGAGCUCUUGAGUUGGCAAACGUAGGAAAGAUUCCGGGCUGCACAAGGUAGUACACCGAGCGACGGUUGGAGGAAAGCAAAAAUAAACUGAACGUACAAGAACAUUGCACGCAGUCCGAUUUCUUCGCGAUGCCAUUUUGCAUCUUGGUGCAACUCUUUUUGAUCAUUCCGAUUAACACCGUCGCCCCUUCCCCGGUGGUGUCGAAUAGUGUACCUACCGACCGUUUUCCUGAGUGCGGUAUGGGUGGCAUAGUCCCAUCACCGGACCGGAUCGGAUAGCAUCAGUUACAGUAUCAAGUCGCUAUUUUCUUGAGGGAAGCGGGAACACGCGGCUCGUUGGUGUAUUGAUGUGUUCCUUAAGGUCCCCGUGGGACGCUCCUUUGCUAUUCGUUCAACUCAACUGGCCUCCAACGUAGGUAGGGCGCUCGGUAACGCCGAAAGUUGUAGCUGGCGUCGUCGCACGUGUAGAUUACGUUCGGUGUUUUGUACUUAGCAAGGAUGCCUUCGCUGUCCUUCGACCAAUGCACGCCAAUCAACCGAAGGCAACAUCGCUUGGGUAUAGAAAAGAC